UUGGCGAGCCUGUGCACCAAGUCUCCAAACGGCGGAGGUCGGCCUGACGGCGAGAAAAGCAUCUGGGAGUGA